AUGCCAACACCCACCUCUACGGUUGGAGAGAUGAAAGAUAUGUUCGCCACGAUGAGGUUCAUCGCCACACUACGCUGCGGCGAGUCCACCUGGUGCGCCAAGGCGGCUCCGCUGAAGAGCCUGCGCAUGGUGUCCAGCGAGGACAUUUGGCGCCAGCUCCAUGCAAGUCAGAAUCCCGAGCGCUGCGAAGAUGCUCGCUAUUUGAUCUACCACGACGAUCGGAGCACCUCUGGCUUCGGCUGGAAUGCAUUUCUGCUCUUUAGCGCCUUCCUGCAGGCCUUCUUGGAGGAGCGCGUCUUAGUCGAAGCUGCGGCGGUCACGGAUCGAGAUCACCGGAGGUGGCGUCAGCGCUGGUGCAGCGAUCCGCCCUACUCGAUGAAGUGCUUCUUCCGAAGCUGGAGCAAGUGCGAGCGACCAGACGUGUGGUCCAAGGUAACGCAGAAUGGUCUGGAGAAGGUUCCGGAUUGGCAGAAUGUGGAGACAGCAGGACAGACCAAUUCCACCUGCACUUGCAACGAACCCCACGUCAUUUGGCGCGCUUCACGGCGGAGCGAUGACGUCUUCUUCCCCAGCAUUGUGGCCAAAGGGAGAUAUUGGUGGUAUGCGGCCAUGGUGCAACUCUUGAUGUCACCGCUGCCAUGGCUGGAGGACGCAGCGAACACGUUUCUGACCGCGCACGGGCUGGAUUCGCAGCCCUUUGUGGUGGCGGCGGUCCGGCGUGGCAACAAGAGUGUGGAGGUCCCUUACGUGCACGUCCGGGAGUUCACCAACCAACUGCGAGCCUUCAAGGUCCCCCUCGAUCCGAGCUUCGCACGCGCACGCGUCGGGGUGGGGGCUGAGUGCGCAAGACUUGCUGGUCGAAAUGCCUUUCUUCUUUGCGGUCGAAAAGAAGAGAUGCUUUUGGUGGAAAGAUCCGGAGGCUUGGUACACAUGGGGUCCGCCACUCAGUUCAACCGGAGUUCAGUUGACUUCCCUGAGUUCACUCAUCCAUUUAGGAGGUCAACUGCGGUCUUGCGUUUAACUCACAGCCCAGCCAUUUGGGAGAGCUAUUUGGGGCUUGUACAGGAGUGCAGCUGGCCGUGGUUGGAUAGGGAAUGA